AUGUCGGAGUCUAACAAUGCAGCUGGCGAGAAGCCUAAGAAGUCCUUGAUUCUCAAUGCAUUUGUGGAGAUGUGCAGUGGACACCAGUCUCCUGGACUGUGGCGACACCCAGAAGAUGAAUCCCAUAAAUUUAACGAUAUCGAUCACUGGGUAGAACUUGCUCAACUACUCGAGGCCGCCAAGUUCCAUGGAAUCUUCAUCGCUGAUGUUCUUGGAGGCUAUGAUGUAUAUAAGGGACCCCGAAACCUAGAUCCAGCAGUUAUCUCUGGUGCUCAAUGGCCAGUGAAUGAGCCUCUGGCCGUAGUGCCGGCUAUGGCGGCCGCGACCAAAAACAUUGGGUUCGGAGUGACAGUCACGACGACCUAUGAGCAGCCCUACCAUUUGGCACGUCGUCUAUCAACAGUCGACCAUCUUACUAAAGGACGGUUGGGUUGGAAUGUUGUAACUGGAUAUCUCGACUCUGCAGCCCGAAAUAUGGGCCAGGCCGAACAACCACAUCACGAUGACCGAUACGCCGUGGCAGAAGAAUACGUCAAGGUAGCCUACAAGCUCUGGGAGUCAUCCUGGCGCCAAGAUGCCGUGGUCCUAGAUCGCGAGCGAGGCGUCUACACCGAGCCCUCACGAGUGCGACAAAUCAAUCACUCAGGCAAGUAUUUCAAUGUACCUGGCCCGCAUCUCUGCCAGCCAAGUCCACAGCGCACGCCCGUGAUCCUUCAAGCGGGAACAUCCAAGGCUGGAAAGACAUUUGCAGCGCAACACGCUGAAGCUAUUUUCGUCGCGGGUCAUAGUCCCGCCGUCGUCGCCAAGAACGUCGCCGAGAUCCGCCAGCUUGCGAAGAGUGAGUAUGGGCGCGAUCCGCAGAGCAUCAAGUUCCUGGCUCUGCUUUGUCCGGUGCUCGGUCGGACAGAGGAGGAAGCGCUAGAGAAGUUCAAGUAUUAUCGUAGUUUAGGCUCGAUUGAUGGGGCUUUGGCGCUCUUUGGCGGCUGGACGGGGAUUGAUUUGGAUACGUAUGGUGAGGAUGAGGAGCUGAGGCAUGUGGAGAGCAAUGCUAUUCGUUCUGCUGUUGAAGGCUGGUCGAAAGCCACUCCAGAGGUCGCAAAAUGGACAAAAGCCACUGUGGGCCAGCAUAUCACUGUUGGUGGUCUGGGUGCCACUCCUGUUGGUACAGCGGCGCAGGUGGCUGACAACAUGGAACGCUGGAUCAAAGAGGCCGAUGUGGACGGUUUUAACCUGGCCUAUGCGGUCAAGCCAGGUUCCUUCAAGGACGUCAUUGAUUUGCUGAUCCCUGAACUACGUCGUCGUGGUUUGUUCUGGGAUGACUAUGCGGUACAGAAAGGAACAUACCGCGAGAAUCUGAACGCGACGCCUGGCCAAUCUGGUCCUCGAAAUGACCAUCCUGCGGCGAAGUACAGGUGGAAGGCAGGAGUUGAUGCUGCUGACCAUCCAGUUCCGGAAAACUGA